UUGACUUGAGUAGAGAGCUUUCAGUAGACGAGCGACUUGCGAGCGAGCAAUAUCACCAUGAGCUAUAGAAAUUUCUUGGUUUUCUUGCUCUUUGCAUUGCUUACUCCGUCGCUUAUAAAGUCCUCUGGGGAUCAGAAUCGCCAUCGACUGUUUUUGCAAUCAAAUCAGGCCUUACAAACCAUUAGCGAUCAGCUAAUUUUCCUUGCCACUGAACUGGUGGACAAUGUGGUAGAGGAUCUCCUCGUCUUGGAUUCCCAGAACUCAAUUGUCUUGGGCUACCUAGAUCGCUUCGAUGCCUUUACAGCCGUAAAUGCAAAUCAUACAGAGCAAAAGCUGAGUUCUUUUUACGGUGUAGUUGAGGACUAUCUCGAUUCCGACACAACAGGGGAUCCUCUGAGACCAUCCAGCAUUGAGACCCAGUUGAUUGCCCUUUGCCUGCAGCGCAACGGAUUCGAUCGAUGGAAGCGAACUGUUCAGACCAGAACUGCCCAGCUGCAAAAGUUGAUAUACAGAAAGCUAAGAAAACACCUGGAAACCCUUGACAGGGAGGAUCGGGUGGCGGUGGAGCGUAGGUGGAAGCGGAUUCUUACUCGUGGCGGACCCCGAAGACUGGAGAAGCUGAGGGAGUUCGUCAAAUGGCUGGGCAAGUUCAGAGAUUAGCGACUGACAGGCCCGGGCUAACCACCUUUUGGGCUAUAAGAUAUGACACAAAGUGAUAAGAAGAGCUAUAAACUGAACAUUCAAAAACUAUUCGUGGUUUAAUUAUAACCGACCAUGACCUUGAGUCUGAGAAACAUGUGCUUGCUACAGAUAAAAUCGUAAUAAAAAUUAUUUAUAUAAUCAAAAAAACCCUAUCAACAAAAAGUAAAAGUGAUAUUUUUCUUCGCUCGGUUUAUUUUAUUAUUUUGAGCAUUAGAAUAUAAGUCCCACAUUGGUCUUGUUUUAAAAAGCAUGGAACUUCGAUAAUUUACUAAUUUAAUAUUAAGCCGCCUGUAAGUAUUUAUUUUUGAUGACAUUCUUUUUUUUUAUUUUAAGUUACGAUACAUCCAUUUUGUUGGAAUCUAAUUGAAAUUAAGAACAACAUUUUCUUGAUUCACGAAAAAGUUAUAAUUUAAGGGUUCAGUAUGGUUUUAGACAUUUUUGCAAUUUUUUUCUCAUUUCUGAGUGAAUGUUAUUGUUCAAAUUUUGUACAUGAUAAAUGGCUAUAUUUAGGUAGUAUCUAGGAAUCUUUUGUCAAAAAACAAUUAAUAAUUAUCAGGCGGCGGUCGUUCGGAGUCGUUA